UUCAACUUCCACAAACCUUUGUUUUCUUGCUUUCGCCUCCUUUUACUCCUCAAAUUCAAUCAUGCCUCGCCGUAGCUCAGGUGGAAGAUCUGCUCGUCCUGCUCCACGGGCAGCACCAGCCCGUCCUGCUCCUCAGCCAGUCAACCAUGCUCCUCCUCCAGCUCCUGUUCAGAGUAGCGGUGGAUCUAUGCUUGGUGGCAUUGGUUCAACCAUAGCUCAAGGUGUGGCUUUUGGCACUGGAAGUGCAGUGGCACACAGGGCUGUAGAUGCAGUAAUGGGUCCUCGUACCAUUCAGCAUGAAACUGUAGUCAGUGAGGCUGCUGCUGCUGCUCCUGCACCCACUGCAAAUACUUUUGGGGGUGAUGCAUGUGGUGUUCAUUCAAAGGCAUUCCAGGAUUGCCUGAACGGCUAUGGGAAUGACAUUAGCAAGUGCCAGUUCUACAUGGAUAUGCUAGCAGAGUGCAGGAAGAACUCCGGAGCUUCUCUGCGAGUGUAACAGCUACACCUUUGCCUGUUCUGGGGCAUUAGUGUCAUGUGCCUCUCAUGGUUAGAAAAGUACUUAGUGGCUAAGGACUGCAUUUUAAUAAAAUAUAAUUUUUUUGGGUGAUGCUGACAAACUGAAAUGAAAUCAGUAUCAAUAUGUUGCCAUAUUGCUUCUUAAUACUUAUAAUUUGUUGCUGUUUGGAUUGAAA